GUGAGCGUGCGCGUUCUCGCCGCCGCCGGUGCCGCUUCCGCCGUCCUCUGCCGCUGCUGCCGCUGUCGCCGCCCGGGAUCCUCAGGCCGAGCAGUGGGACGGCCGGCUGCCCAGCAGCACCGCGGUAGGGAGUACGGAACCGCGGAACCGGUGGACAGGCGGGCGGGCCGACAGCCCAGAUCCCAUGCCUUAAGGAAUGAUUCUUGUUUUCCUGUAGACAGAUUAAUCUAACAUGGCUGACCAGAGGCAGCGCUCACUCUCUACCUCCGGGGAAUCAUUAUAUCAUGUUCUUGGGCUAGACAAGAAUGCAACCUCAGAUGACAUUAAAAAGUCCUACCGGAAGCUGGCCCUGAAAUACCACCCUGACAAGAACCCUGAUAACCCAGAGGCUGCAGACAAGUUUAAGGAGAUUAACAACGCCCACGCCAUCCUGACAGAUGCCACGAAAAGAAACAUAUAUGACAAGUACGGCUCUCUGGGGCUCUAUGUGGCCGAGCAAUUUGGGGAAGAGAACGUCAACACCUACUUCGUACUCUCCAGCUGGUGGGCCAAGGCCCUGUUUGUUGUCUGUGGCCUCCUCACCUGCUGCUACUGCUGCUGCUGUUUGUGCUGUUGCUUUAACUGCUGCUGUGGGAAAUGCAAGCCCAAGGCACCUGAAGGUGAAGAGACGGAGUUCUACGUAUCGCCUGAAGACCUGGAGGCCCAGCUGCAGUCUGAUGAGAGGGAGGCUACAGACACACCGAUUGUCAUACAGCCAGCAUCUGCCACAGAGACCACCCAGCUGACGGCUGACUCCCACCCCAGCUACCACACCGACGGGUUCAACUAAAUUCAGGAGAGGCUGUGAUAGAGGACGAAUCAGCACCUGGCCACUGCAACCUUAGAAUCAUGAACUGUAGUCACUGAGAUGGGGAGGCAACCGUCAACCUGACCUGCUGUGGCUUGUCAGGGCCCCUCCCACCUCCUCUAAGCCCACCCAUCUGUCAAUCCUUGAUACACGAAGUGCGUAGCAUGCAGUAUUUAAAGCAGUGUAGCUACGGUCUUCUUCUGUUUUAUCCUUUUGUUUAAUAGCAUGUAUGGGUUAUGUUCAGUGUCUGUGUUGUGGAUGCGCUGCAGCUGGGCUGAAUUAACUGGAUGGCAGUGCUGUCUUGGGUUUUCAGCCAAGUGGGUCCAGUGAGGUUCAGCUGUCUCCUUGUGCUUACAGGAGUCAGGUAGGCACCGGAGCUACAUCUUCAUGUUGGCCUCUGUGUCCUGUGACAUGGUCUAGUUCAUGGCUCUGAUCUCAUUCUCAAGGCUGCAGACAGGGUUCUGAUUUCACCUGUGAAGGAGGGAGCUGGGCCCCAUCCUCCCGGCAGCUCCAGCACAUGUCGUUUGCCCAGUGUUCCUGUUAGAUCUGCUGUGGAGAGUGCAGGUAUGCCCUUCUGAAAGGGAGAGCACACGCUGUAGUGUGUCUGUCUGGUCUCCUGGCCUUGUGGACUGAAAUCCUGUCAUUGGAGGCAGGUCCCUUGCUGGUGUGUGGGAAAUCAUUUGUCUCUGUUCUGCACCUUUCCAGGUCAAAAGCUGGAUUGACGAGGCCACAGCCUCCUUUCCUCAUUCCUGGGUCAUCUUCCACAUUCCUUCAAGCCAACCUUGUUAAUUUUUAUUUUUUAUUUUUUUGGGGGACUUUAAGAACCACAAAUGGUAGCACCUGCCACUUAGCCAUAGUCAGAAAGUCUUUGAGUCCAGUUGUGGGUGGCAUAUAGCUGCUUAUAAAGAGUGAGUGCCCAGGAUCAGAACCUCUUCCCUGUGCUUGCCAGACCUCCAUCCAUCCCACUUGCCUUCGCUUCCACCUGUCGUCAUCAAUGCCUCCGGCAGUGCUGGAGUGUUGAGUUCCUGGUGCCCCUGACUCGGAAGGGUUGACUUUUAGGGAAGCUUUGGUGACAGUUACUAGACC